AUGGUGAGAACCAGAGGCAGUGGGUCUCGGUCUGUCAAGUCAGCGGCUGGUUCAUUGAGUGUAUCUCCAUCCCUCACUAAGAAGAAAGCUCGGAAGAGUACCUUGUCUCAUCCCAUCCACAUUGAUGAGUCCAUCACCACGAGCAAAGCCGUGGUCAUUCCGGACCUUGAAGCCCCCAAAGUUCUGACUGAACCUCCUUCUUCGGCGGCUCCGCUCGCCUCUGUCCCAGGGUCUUCCAAAAGAGGCCGAGCUUCUCCAUCAGAGGAUGUCUCUGAUCAUGGUCGUGAUUCUGCCAAAGCCCAUUCUGAUUCCUCAGAGUCACCUGACGUGCUUGCACCCAAGAAGAAAAGCAAGGGUUGGUUCCAGGUCUCUUCUUCUCGAAAAUCUCCUCGUUCCAAAGGGACUGAUCCUUCUGAUUCUUCGCCGAAGGCUUCAUCUCCUGUUGGUACCACUCCUCGUUCCAAGUUUAGGUCAAAGGUAAAGAAAAUUCCUCCACCUUGUUCUUCUUCUGAAACUGACCCUUCUUCAGAUUGUGUACCCUCUGACGAAGAUCCCCUUGAAGACGACCCCUCUCUUGAGGAAAAUGUUGACUCAGAAGAUGAAUCUGACCCAUCAGAGGACCCCCCUGUUUCACCAAAGGGCAAGAAACCAAUGAAAAUUCCUGAGAUUCGCACAAAGGUGUUUGGGGUCAUCAAAAAUAUUGAGGAUCGAGGGUGGUUAGGUUCUUUAACCGGGCUGGAUGGUUUUGUUCCUAGAGUUGUACAAGAAUUCUAUGCCAAUAUCAAUGAUGAUCUGUUUGAUAGGAAGUCUUUUAUGUUUGGUCAAGUUUAUGUCCGAGGGAAUUGGUAUUUGUUCAAUGCUGCUGAAAUUACCAAGGUUCUUAAUUUGCCUCUUUCUGUUGAUAAUGUUGCUGUGGAGUUUAACAAAGAUAAGGUGCUUUCGGAGUUGGUAGGACAAAAUAUGGUGUGGGAACCUCACUCAGUCCUCAAAGUAACAGAUCUUACUCAUUACUAUGCUGUGCUUCACAAAUUUGCCACCUCCAACUGGAUUCCCACUACUCAUACCUCCACCAUUACCUUUGACACGGCCUUCUUUCUGUACAAAGUUGGAACCGGUCUCGGUGUUGAUCUUGCCUCUCUCAUUUUUGACCAGAUCGCUGCCUUAGGGAAUGCCAAAAAGAAAGGUCAAUAUUUGGUGUUUCCCCAUUUUAUUUACAAGUUGCUUGAUUCUCAAAAGCCUCUUCGCUUGGAAUAUGAGAUCUUGACUCCUCCAAGUGCCGGAGCAGACUACAAACUCAAAAAGGAACCAUCAUCUGUUAAAGCAACUAAAGGGAUUGCUCUCAAGGCUGGCGAUGCUGAUUCUGUUGCUGCUGAACUCGCUAGUGUCAAGGCCACCCUAGAAUCUGUUCAAACAGAAGUGAUCAGCCUCAAGGGUUGUCUCUCAACCAUGGUGUCUCACUUUGCAGCCGGUCCUUCCCACUGA